GCUGCGUGCUAAAUUGAAAACAGAAGUGGCGGGGCCCAGACACUGUCAGUGGUAUUCACGUGAAACGAUGGCCAGCUGGCUGAAAUACGGACGGUUGGUCAGGAGAUCUUUCAUAACUCAAAAUAAUGUCGUAGCGAAACAACACAGUCCAAGAAUGUAGCCGAAUACUGCUAACUACAGCUAGCUACACAGCGUUCAGCGUCUGGAGUUACUGUAACGUUAGCUAGCUACCGCUGGGGUGUCUUCUCCAUUUGUUAUUGACACCGCUGCUUAAACUGCGACAGUAUUUUUGUUCGUGCCAUAUGCACCGAAACAGCAACAAGUUGACUACUCAUCUCCACGGCGGUUACUUUAGUCGGCCUGUGUAUUAAUUGCACAAUAACAAGUUAGUAGCAGUGAUUCAAAAACGUCACAUUUUCAGUCGAUCCUCCUGAGUUACCAGCUCACCUGUUCUCCUGCUGAAACCAUACACCAUGUCAGGGAAAGUCAUCCCGCACACCCCGCUGGCCGUGGACUUCUGGCAGCUACGGAAGUGUCCGGGCACACGGUUGUUCUUCCUCUCCCACAUGCACUCCGACCACACGGUGGGCUUGACCUCCACCUGGAGCAACCGGCCCAUCUACUGCUCACCCACCACUGCCACCCUGCUCAAACUCAAGCUGCAGGUGAAAGAACAGUGGAUUCAUCCCUUAGAGCUGGGUGAUCCCUACCUGCUGCCGCUGGAUGACAUCGGCAAAGAGGGGCUGACAGUCACACUGAUAGAUGCAAACCACUGUCCAGGGGCUGUCAUGUUUCUCUUUGAAGCCUACUUUGGCUCCAUUCUCUACACUGGUGACUUCAGAUACAUUCCCUCUAUGUUGCGUGAGCCGUGCCUGAGGACCAACACCACUAUAGAUGUCCUGUACCUGGACAACACCAACUGUGAUCCCAACCGCAUCCUCCCCUCCAGACAGAAAGCCACUCAACAGAUCAAAGAGAUCAUCCGCAGCCACCCCAACCACAACGUUGUCAUAGGCCUAUAUAAACUGGGUAAAGAGUCCCUGCUGUUGGAGCUGGCCAUGGAGUUUAAAACCUGGAUCGAGGUGAGUUUUGAGAGGAUGCAGACCCUCAGAGCUCUUGAGCUGCCUGACGUCUUCACCACUGACCCAGGAGCCGGUCGUAUCCGAGUCGUGGAGCAGUCGGCGAUCUGCUCCACUGCUGUACACCAGUGGAACAGAGACCAACCCACUUUGGCUAUCUUGCCCACCAGCAGGCCCUUGGUCUCCUUUCACCCCAGUGUUCAUGUAGUGCCAUACUCCGACCACUCCUCUUACCAAGAGCUGGAGGAUUUUGUCUCUGCCCUUAAACCUAACUCCAUUGUGCCCAUUGUAGGAAACUAUGUACCUGGAAGUCUCUCUGCCCUAGUGCCCAGCAGAAAGCGGCAUGAAAUUCUGGUGCCUGAGUCAGUCCAACACUACAUGUUGAGACAGCCUGACAGCCAGCUCAGCUCAUCAGAGUACAGCAGCAUUCGGCGCAGACAUUUCAGACCUCUUGCACCCAAAGGGGUGGUAUUUGAGUCUCCUGUAAGAGGAUCCAAGAUGUCAUGCGAAGAAGCCUCGGAGGCAGAGUGCCUGGAGCAGGAUGACUCUGAAGAAGAGAUGGACACAGAAAGUAGUGAAAAAGACUCUGACUGUAUCCUCGUUGACCUUACCAAAGAUCUCUCCUCAAACAAACACGGAAGAGGGGCUGCAGACAUGUGGUAUGCCAGCAUUGGCAGAACAGUGUCUGAAGAUAUGGUGCCACUCAGUCAACUCACCCACAGCAGCUUUGCUCCAGUGGAAAGCAUGACGAACAGUAAGGCAUGUUCAACACCGGUCAGCACCAUGAGAAGGCCUGUUAAUACUGAUGUCAAAACCAUCAACAGCACAACACCCAGUGAUUACAUGCAACAGCAUAGCGGACACGGAGAUCAAAACAGCCUAUUGUCAGAUGGUGAUAGCACGAGUCAGCAAAGUGAGCAUGGAAUUGAUCAGGACGACGACAUCGUGUCAAAUGACAACAGCCCGAGUCAGCACUAUGGACAUGGAACUGAUCAGAAUGACAAUGUGACAUUAACGCAGAAGAGCCGCAAUCACUACUCCCACACUUCAUCUCACUCCUCAGCCUUGCUGCGGCAGGAGUAUAUAGAGAAGAUUGAAAACAGUAUUUUAGAUGAUCUCCCCUUCACAAGGGACGACUUUAAGUUAAAGAGACCUGUGAUGCAGAGCUUUGUGAAACAGUUUCCACUCUGUCCAGUAUAUUAUGCAAAACAGACAUGGCAGACAGAUAGUGUGACCUGAUGUUCAAGUUUUUGCCUGGCUGUAGAGGCCUUUUUGUUCCUGUGUAUAAAGACAAACAUUUUGGAGAAAAUUAGUUUAGAAAAGCAGGUUUGUAAUCACAAGUUGAUGAGCUUGUCCUUAGACUGGACCUGCAACGUAUUGGAAAACCCAUGUCUGCACCCCUCACUUUUUGCAGUAAAAAAAUGUAAUUUCUGAAUAAAUAAAUAAACAAACAAACAAACAAACAAACUUAAUUACACAGCGUUAUGUUUGCCAAGUCACAUCUUCACAAGUAAGCCUAUAUAUGUGUUUUUGCCCUGAGUGGCUUAUUUUUAUUCUUUAUAGUUGAACAGGUAAAAAAGGGAGUAAGUGUUGUAGAGUUCAAUGGAUGGAAGGUUUUCUUACAAAGUGUGUCAAAAGCCAAGUUAAAGAAAUAUUCUGAAGCUAGAAAGGAAGUGCAACUACAUUUGAAACACAUUUGUGACAUUCACAAGAUCUGCCUUUUCCCACUUCAUUUCAAGGGGCCCUUUGAAAUGAAGUUCUUUGGCUCUUGACUGAGAAUAGCAGUAUUAAAGAUUAAGAUUAAUAGUGGUUUUGAUGUCUUAUGUAUUUUGGUUGGGGAAGAAGUAGCUUCACUGGUACUUUAUAAUUAAAAGAUAAACUCACUAAAUGUGAAGUUCUUUGUAACAGUUUGUGAAGAUUUUGUACAACAUAUAUAUUCUGUAGCAGCUGUUAAACUGUUGUUUUUUUUGUCUCUCUCCCUCUUAGUCCACUAGUGAAGAGAAAUUGGUGCUCAGCUACUUCCAGAUGCCUUCACCCUGACACUCAACCAUUUGUGUAGAAUGGAAUUACUGAGGGUGGAAAAAGUAUCUUUAAUAGCCUGCAAGUAUAUGGUAGAGCACAAUUGAUUGGAUUCUAACACCAGCCUGUUCCCAUGACCACUUUUGCCACAAAAGAGCUGCUGUUACACUUUCUACGUUUUUCAAUGAGAGAUGAUGUUGGACUUCUGUACUGUGUAACUCACACCUGUAAACAUUGUGAAGCAACACUUUGCCUUUUGUGUUUGAGGAAGAAAAUAUACAUUUGCCAGAAAUGUUGUUUAAAUGACUUAAAGAAAUAAUUUUGAUUUGAUAUUCAAAUGUUAUGUACAUAUUGCCUUUUUCAGUUUAAUUUCUUGUGAAGUAAUGAAAAGGAAAUCCAAAUCAUAAUGUAACUAAUAUUUAUGUUGAAUACAAAGCCUGUUUGUGUUAACAGUUUUCCCAAUAAAUUACUGUGAUAUUUGUAAAU